GGUACUGUUUUAAGGUCAAUAACGAUGAACUAGUCAAACGUUGAGCAUGUACUUUUGUCACCACCAUAUGUUUAGUAGAUUUCUAUGGGUUGUCUUGGGCGAACAGUAGAAUGUAGUUUUGGAGCGUAUCCGUGCUUUUUGUGUUGUGUAAAAAAUUCUAGAGAAUCGACCACAACACGACUUACUUACACACUUAUUCUUGUGUUUAUUACAUUUAUAUCAAUUGCAUCUCAUGAGGGUGGAGUUUUAAGUUCGCUGUAUCUCAGACAUAGAGACAAUUUUGAGCGGUUUUGCUCUCAGAUUGGAGCUGGUGAAGGAUGUUACAGAAUUAUAGGAUAUAUUGGGGUUUAUCGUAUAUGUCUUUCUCUCUUCACUUUUCAUAUCUUGAUGACAUUUCUUACCAUCGCAGUCUCUUCCAGUCAGACGUUCCGGGGAAAAAUUCAUAAUGGGUACUGGUUGUGGAAAGUGUUCUUUAUUGUCAGUGUGUGGAUAACUGCUUACUUUUUCCCAUACUUGGAAACUCUCACCAGAGUGUGGAUGAUUAUGGGAAUCGUUGGUGGGAUUUUAUUUGUCUAUGUACAACACAUAACGCUUAUCGACUUUGCUUAUGAAAUAAAUGGAAAUUGGCAUAAUAAAUCGAAAACUUCAAUUUUUUAUACAUCAGCUAUAUAUAUUACUACCUUGUCACUGUAUGCUGUAGCUAUUUGUGUUUAUACUGCCUUUGUACUCUUCUACGGUUUACCUCGUCAAUGUACAUUAAAUCUAACUGUCACUGGUAUUAACGCAGGUCUUACAUUACUAUUUGCUAUAUGCUCUGCAUUUUCUACCAUAUUAAGAAAAGGUCAAAUGUGGUUACCAGGUGCAAUCACAUCUGCAUUUGUAGCUUUUCUAACAUGGUCAGCUUUAGGCAGUCAACCAAGAAUUUUAUCGUCGAAUUUUCCGUGGCAAGAACAAACAGUGAAAAAGAUGAACGAUGUACAACAGCAAGAGCGAAAUUUUACUAUUCAUCCACUAGUUGUUGUUGCAGAUCAGUUGAAUCGUUUAUUAUCUGAUCAAUUCACUCAAACCACUAAUCAAGUCAAAACAUCACCAGCAUUGACAUCUGAAUCGAAACCAAAUAUUACUGACUCAAUUGUUUUAAUUAAUGAAUGCCUACCUGGUGGUGUGAAUAAAAUUAGUGAACACUUAGGCAAAGAUAUUGUUACAUUGUUAGGAAUAACAGUUGUGAUCAGUGGAUUUGUAUAUUCAAGUUUCCGUGCAUCUAUGCAAGCAAGACGUUUAGGUAUUCGAACACGAAGAGAGCGUUUGAAAGCCGUCCUACCACCUAUUCACGAAAAUAGCCAAUUUAAUGAAUCUCCUUUACAAUCUUCCAAUAAUAACAAACCUAACCAGUCUUCCAAUCCAGUUGUAACCAAUGACUUGAAUAAAUCUCCAAUACGUUUUAUGAAUUAUAAAGAUGUAAAACGACAAGAGCAUGCAUUAAAUCUACUUGCUGAUGCUGUGGCUGAUUUACCUAAUCCAAAGGUUUUCCGCAGACCUUCAGCACGUCAACCUCGAUUAAAUUUACAAACUCUUAAUGCAUCAGAUGUAAUAUCUCAGAACAUAGGGAAUAAUCUAGGCAAUUGCGGUGUAAAAAAUACAAAGAAUAAAUUAUCCUCAUCUCAUAAUAAUGAUGUUACUGACAACAAUCACAAUGUUACUACUACUGCUACUUCUACUACAACUACUGGUAAAUCUACUUUACGCUUAGCAUCCUCUGAACCGGAUUUGACAAUUACUAUGAGAAAUUAUUCACGUCAACGUGGUGAUAUACGUGAUUUAGAUUGGUCAAUAAUUAAUAAUGAUGGUAAUAAAAAUAAUAAACCAUCAAAGCAUAAAACUGAUAAACGAUCCCGUGAACAUUCAUUAACUUCAUUAAAUCAUCGAAUUGGUUAUUUACGUCAUAAAAAACUGAAACAAUCUAAAAGUCAAUUGAAAUCAACAAAUGUUUUAAAUGACAGUAAAAUUAAUGAUAUACACGGUAAUAAUAGUUUGUUAACUUUUGGUGAAGGUGAAGAUAAUGAUAAUUCAAUAUUGAAAGAAACAAAACCUUCUAAACUUCAUUUUCGGAAAAAAAUUAAAAAAACAUGGCGUGGAACAUGUCGUUUAAAUUCACAUGAAAAACGAAUUGUUAAUGAUUUAUAUUUAUUUAGUGCUGAUAGUCUCCCUGAAAAAGUUGGUCCGAACAUUUACUUAUCUGUUAGUCCAACAACAAAUAAUCCCAUACCAAUGUUAGCUAAUGUUGUUAGACGAUCACCAUUAUCUAGUAAAUACUAUCCACAACCAUUGAAUUUAUCAACAAAUUCGUCAUCUAGUCAACAGCAGCAACUACAACAGCAUCUACCUCAUGAUGAUAUUGAAUGUUCUGCGUUAACAUCACCUAAUCAUUUAAGAUAUCGUCAAGCUAGAUGGGCCAGUGAAAUAGCAUUGAAUAAACGUACUAGUGGAUUAUUUAAUAUAGAACCUGGACUAGUCAAUUCACUAAGUAAGUGGCGAUUUUCAGUUUGAUACAAGGGUUUUAGUAUGUUUAGAGUUUUUCGGAUGUCUUUUGUUUUGCAAAAGUGUUUAAAGAUAAGUUUUAUCACAAAAAUAAAGCCGAAUUACGCUGCAUUUGAAAUCACGUAACAAUAGACUUGUACUUUAUUCUGAUAUUUUCGUGUGAAGGGGUUCACAGCAAUGUACAUUCUGAAUUUCAUCGAAGAACAAACACAGGUUUGUUCCUCAUUUCAAACCACUCAGCAAUAUAGAACUAUUGUGGUGUAUACUACUUAUGUUGACAGAUAUAGUAGUAUGUAACACUGAUCGGUAGUUGAAUGCGUGCCGGAAGAAAAUUGAGAAGAUCCAAUUGAGUAAAAAGAAAGAGAAGUUGAAAGCAAUCGCAAUAACAACAAAGUUGAUAGACUUAUGAAGCAUGUAAAGGGCAAAUGAAGAUGUACAAAUAAUAUAUUUUAUGUAUGUUUAUCAUAUUUUACGAAAGCACUCUUUAAUUUAGGAUUAAACAAUAAGUCGGUUAUCUACUGCUGAGUUCCCAUUCACUAAACUAUCUUCAUACCAUCUUUAUGGUGGAUUAUUGUGUUAAAAUUUCAGAAACUGUGAUGAGACAGCUUCUUUCAAUAGUUUUCUAGUUGAUAUCUGUAUCACUAAAACCAUGCAAGUCAUUCCAAAAGAAACUGAUGUUUCCUGUUGAUAUUAAGGAUAAGUUGUUUCUCUCGAAAAAUCUCGAGAUAACUCAAGUUAAAAUAAUUUCAACAUCAUGAUAAUUAAAGUGUAUAUCCAAUGAAAAAAUUCACAAUUUGACCUAAUUUUUCUCAGAAGUUUGUAUUCUUUAGAAUACGGUGCAAAUAUUUCUUGAUAAUUCAAUGCAUAUAUCUCACUAACCACAAUCUCUCUUGACUUGAGAUUUUGAUUGAAGGUCAUGUAUCCACUAACAAACUUUUAUGUCUUCUCAUUCAUAAUAUAUUUAUUUAUCUAUUUUAUUUAUUUGAGCACAUAGAUAUUGGUACAAGGAGGCACCAAAUAGAUAUGCGCCACACAAAUCUCAUUUGAUUUGUGUGAGGGCUGUGAUACUGUACGUGUGCCCAAACCGAAGCAGGUGGUUUUCUUAGGUAGCCACACCCGAAGCUUUCGACCUAAAGGCCUACUCCACAAGGCAGUAGAGCGUCGUAAGGAGAUGCAGUCCCAUGGUAGCCAGUGACCAACGAUUGGUUCAUUCGCCAUUUGUUCCGUCAGGGUACUGGAGCCCAUGUACACCGUAGGUUUGGAUUCAGCGUUUUCCAACUUCCCAAGGUGGACUCUCCGUGUCCACCAACCCGGUUAAAGCACCGGACAUUCGCUUUUCGUCCUCUCAAUUCCGUAAACAACACCGGUGGCGUGAGAAGGCGGUGGGUAGGAAUUUCCUGGCAGAGGCUAUAUACGCGUGGCCAUGUGAGAGCAUUUCGAGAGGGAUAGCGGAUCUCCCGACUGUUGGCCGUACCAGGGAAUUCGGGGGCAUUAUUCAUAAUGUAUACUUUUAAUUCAUUGGAAAAUUUAACAUAAUGAAUUUUAAGACUGGUAAAAGGUAUCCAGUUACAGUGAGUGACGUAUUGUACCGAUUUAUGAUUUCCAAAGUAUAAUGAAUAGUAAUACCUUCAUACUUUAGUUACAUCAAACAUGUCCAUUUCUUAAUUGCUUUUUCAUACAUCAUUAAAUAAUCAACAAUCAAAUUCGUCAUGUUACAUAUGAAAAGCACCAAAUGUUGGGAAAAAGUUAGGGACGGCCAAACCAAAACAUGACAUCAGAUCAUCAAGUCAUUGACUGUUGAACUGAGCCGUAUAGGUAGGUCCACAUUACCUGAUUGAAUUCCCCAUGAUUGUCUUAACAAUGGUUAACGAGGUUGACUGACAAGCUAUAGGUACAUUUGAUCUUUUUUCCCCUUCAAAUCUUGAUUUUUAAAAUUAGAUUAUACAUUCUGUCCCAUGAAUUCAUUCUUCUCAAAACAUAUUGGUUGUGAUUUAAGAUCAUAUGAUCUGUUCCCUAGUCAGGAGUCCGAUUGUCCAUUAAGUCACAUAUAUGGUCAAUAGGACCAGUGACCUUCUAUUUUAGGAAUUACCUAACCGUUCAAUAAACUACAAUCAAGGCGUUAACACGUAUUAGUCCUCAACCCUUUUCUGACCCUGUGGCCAUUUAGAAGACACAAAUAGGAAGCAUAUUAGUUAUCAGUUGUGCUCGAUUCAUUCAUUGCUCAAAGUGCAUACAUUAAUGUAUUUAAAAUGACUGACUACACGACACACCAAACGAGGGAUUACACGUUAAGCACAAUCAUACCAUAAGUGGUAGGGGGGCGGAGCAAACAAUACAUAAUGAAUUAGCAAUAGCUCGGGUAUAUUAAAACGCUCAACAAAGGUUAAUGGGUUUACUGAAAUCUUACAUUAAGAAGCAUAUAGAAAUGAAACAAUAAUGUUGUCUACCAAUCACACAAAAAAUUAUAAAAAUAAUAAUAAUCCGAAAAAUGGUUCCGAAUGUUCCGAUUUUUCCAAUAUCCAUCGCCGCAUAACAAUAUUACAUAUGCCUAAUGUUUUCUGCAGUCACUAAUACCGUUACUCUUUCUACUACUCUAUUAUCUCGCUGUACUGAAAGUUGUGUAGCAACUUGAACAGAUACACGUAUGGCUGGCUAACUGAAACGUUGAGAAAUGAAAAUAGGUG